AUGAAGCGAGUUAAAAGCGGAAAAUUUUACAUUAUCAGAAAGGAUGGUUUUUUUACGCUAAUCUUUUGCUGGAUCGGUAUUCAAACAUGGCCGAAUGGUCGAAAGUGGAAAAAUGAUAUUAUGCUGAAGCAAUAUCCUUACGAUAUCAAACGAGCAUAUCCAUUUACCGACCCGCGUAUCUAUCCAAUUACGAAUUAUACAUUUGAACCUAUGGAUUAA